AUGUCACUGCAGGAAGCUUCAGACGCUCGAAAAGCGCGUUUAAUCGCCCUAAGAAACCGCAAGGAGGGCAUAUCAACUGCAGCAAAUGGAGAUUCUGUGCUUCUCAGCAGGAAUUAUGACCCAGAGACAAGGACGUUGAAGAAACACUCAAAAAAUGACGUCCUGACAACAGACACCGUUGAGAAAGCUAUUGAAGGAGUAGCUGAAAUGAUCAUUGCCGAGGAUGAGCGGCAGCGUGCCCAAGAACUUGACGUGUUCAACAUCGCCCCAAAACGGCCAAACUGGGAUUUAAAGCGCGAAAUGGAAAAGAAACUUGCGAAGCUGGAGCGAAAGACUCAAGAAGCUGUCCAUACUCUCAUCCGGCAGAGACUUGCUUCUCAAAAAGGGCAGUCGGACGACAUUCUAGGGGCAAUGAAUGCGCAAGAGAAAGCAUUGGAUGUUGAUGACCAGCCGUCAGACGAGGAUGAAUGA